AUGGAGUUGCUCGCUUCAAUCACCCAUUACCUUGCGAUUGUUGCAAUAUGUAUACGGGUUGCACAAUCCCUGCCAUAUCUUCCAGAGGAAGCAAACUGGAAUCUCAAUCAGAACCAGACAGCGACAAACCCUCUCGACUACUCGGGUCAGUGGGAUGGCCACACAUACAACCCCUCGCCAGAGAACUGGCGUAACGAUAAUGCGAAUGGCACACAGUGGGAACAUGUCUUGACCUCCAACGAGUUCCGCCAUGGUGGCGACGUUCUUGGGUUGGUCGACACGUUUGAUUAUCUGCAAGGAAUGGGGAUCAAGGGCGUCUAUCUCGCUGGAACACCAUAUAUCAACUUCCCCUGGGCUGCGGAUGGAUACUCCCCACUUGACCUGACUUUGCUGGACCACCACUUUGGUACAAUUGAGGACUGGCGCACAAUGAUAUCCGAGGCGCAUCGACGGGGGCUUUAUGUUCUUUUCGAUAAUACCUUUGUCACAAUGGGCGAUCUUAUCGGUUUCCAAGGUUUCCUGAACAAGUCCGCGCCGAUCAAUCCCAACGAGUACGACUAUGUAUGGAAGUACGACCGUCGAUACUGGGACUUCCAGCCUGGAAAUGAAGUUGAGAGUGAAUGUCCCUGGGAGUAUCCUCGGUUCUGGGAUGAUGACGGGACCGGUUUGACCACUACAACCCUUGGCCCUUCAUGCCGGGAAAGUGAAUUUGAUCAGUAUGGAGAAGUUGCUGCCUUUGGAAACUACACCGAAUGGGAAGGGCAGAUAUCCAAAUUCGCAUUUGUGCAGGAUCGUCUCCGGGGAUGGCGGCCAGAUGUGCUAGCCAAGAUCAAACACUUUUCGUGUCUAACCAUCACCAUGCUUGAUAUCGACGGAUAUCGCGUUGACAAAGCUCUACAAGCUACCCUUGACUCCCUUGGAGAAUGGUCCGAGUACAUGCGGGAUUGCGCCAAGCAGGUGGGAAAGGACAAUUUCUAUAUUCCCGGAGAAAUUGUCGCGGGAAACGCCUUUGGCUCGCUUUACAUCGGCCGGGGUCGCCAGACAAAUCAAACCAUCUCCAAUAUGACGGAAUCUUUCAUGAUGACGAACAAGACAGACAAGUCAGAUGAGGAUCUUUUCUUGAGACCUGCGCAGAGGUCCGCGUUGGACGGGGCGGCGUUCCACUACACAUUAUAUCGUGGUCUGAGCCGGUUUCUAGGGCUAGACGGUUCCUACACUGCCGAAGGCGACCCGCCAGUCAACUUUGUGGAGACCUGGAAUGGUCUUGUGGAAACGAACGAUAUGGUCAACACGAACACUGGCAAGUUCGAUCCUCGCCACCUGUUUGGUGUCACGAAUCAGGAUGUCUUCAGGUGGCCAGGGAUCAAAAACGGGACCCAAAAGCAAAUCUUGGGCCUAUACGUCGCUUCAUUGCUUAUGCCUGGAAUCCCCAUCCUCUCCUGGGGCGAGGAACAGGAUUUCUACGUACUGGACAACCAGGCUGACAACUAUAUCUUCGGUCGUGGACCCAUGUCAUCUGCUCAGGCAUGGCAGCUGCACGGAUGCUACAAGCUGGGGUCAUCGAAAUACGUUGAUUUCCCGCUCGACCGCUCCCUGACCGGAUGUGAAGAUGAUGCCGUCAGUCUCGAUCACCGCGAUCCUUCUCACCCAGUGCGAGGCCUCAUCAAGAUGAUGUUUGAGAUGCGUCAAAACUAUCCCGCCCUAAAUGAUGGCUGGUACCUGCAGCAAUUGUCCAACCAGACGUUCGACAUCUACCUUCCCGGCAGUAAUGGGACACCAACCGAGACUGGCAUGUGGAGUGUCAUCAGAUCACGCUUUGUGGAUGCGCAGAAUUUCGAUGGUCAAGGCCAGGGGAAUCAGAGCGUCUGGCUGGUGUAUUCUAAUGACAACAAAACAGUCGAGCACCAGUUCAACUGCAGCAGUAAAGACGCCUUGAUCUCGCCAUUUCCCGCCGGAACAACCGUCAAAAACCUCUUCCCGCCGUUUGAGGAAUUGACCCUGGCCAACAGCUCUAUUACGCUUGGAUUUGAAGGGUCUGACGUUCCCAACGGAUGUCAUGCCAACCUCACUAUUCCAGCCUGGGGUUUCAAAGCCUUUGUUCCGAAGGAUAAAUUCGUUCAGCCUUCCCCAUAUAUAACACGCUUCUCCCCAGGGCAUGAUGCUCGACUUGUACCCCAGGGAACAAGUGGGGAGACGGUGCGGAUUGGUUUCGAGUUCUCUCAGGAAAUGGAUUGCAGGGACAUCACCAAUUCUCUGACGAUCACGUCCAAGGCGCUUAACGACGAGAGCCCGCAGCUUGACACUACCUCGGUCUCUUGUAAAUCUAUUGAGGAGACAGAUGUUGCAACAUGGCCGGGGGCACUCACUAGCGUUUUCAGCUACGAGGUAGACUUGAGCAAUGUCUUUCCAGGGGUUCACAGAGUCACGCUUAGCAACGUGACCACAGCAGACGGAAAUCAAUCCACGGGUUCCGUCGACCACUUCCUUUUCCGUAUCGGACAGAUAGACAAUCCGAUGGUCUGGCCACAGUUGGCCAACUACAGUAGAACGCUACUGUUCGACAACCCGUCGUCUGAGACUGAGCCAUUAUCAGUAACGCCACAGGCCCCUGGUGCGGACAUGUGGCGAUACUCGCUGGACUUUGGAGCUACAUUCAGUGCCUGGAUGACAUACACCGGCUUCAACACGUCGAUUCCCGGCAAAAACUGGACCGGCACUGCGAAACAGGCUUGGGAAGGAGAACAUAUCCUUACCCAAUACUGGAGCAAGUUGACUGGAAGUAGUGCUCACUGGCAGCAUGGAGACACACAAUGGGCAUACAAGCCCCCACGUCGCUUCCCAAAUCUUUUCAUCGAAGGCGAGUUCAACCAGUUCGGAUAUGACGCUGGCUAUUCCAACAAAAUGGCUCUUAGCAAUGUCACUGGUCGGUGGGAAAUCCACUUCAUGGGCGAAUGGCCCGUGCAAGUCGCAUUCAAUGCCUGGGGAUUAAACGAAGACGGCAUACCUGAUCAAACACAGGUAUUUGGGGACAUCGAUGGAGACAACGUUCUGGAUCAGGUCCCUCCAGUCACGCUGCUGAGCAAUGUGUUCAACGUCACAAUCCCACCCCCUUCACCCUACCUUUCCUUCAAACUGUCGGUGAAUGACGGCGAUCUUAAGGUCUACGCUACGCCCACGGGAUCCAGAUGGGUUCAGCUGGCGAUCUUUAUCGUACUAGCGAUUGUGCCCGUCGCCACUGCUAUCGGUGCGGUGUAUGUGUACCUGAAGGCAUUUUACCAGGUCAAAUUCAACCAAAUUGGUGUCACCGAGAAAAGAUCAAGCUUCGUUCCACUGGCGAGCGUCUUGCAAAAAGUGACCCAUCGAUCCAAUGACAGGGAAUCCAAUACCGGACUUGCUCUAACCAACGUGGGCCCUCUCCAAUCUGAAAGCGGAGGCGUCGUUGCUGCCACGGUAAACACCCGUCGACGAACAGUGCUCAUUGCAACGAUGGAAUACGAUAUUGAAGACUGGGGCAUUAAGAUCAAAAUCGGCGGUCUCGGUGUGAUGGCCCAGCUGAUGGGGAAACACCUGACCCAGCAGGACCUCAUAUGGGUGGUCCCUUGUGUUGGAGGAGUUGACUACCCUAAGGAUGAUCCCCGUGAGCCGAUGGUGAUUACCGUUCUUGGUAAUGAAUACCAAGUGGAUGUCCAGUACCAUCGGCUGCACAACAUCACGUACGUCUUGCUAGACGCACCUGUGUUCCGAGCUCAGUCCAAAUCAGAGCCGUACCCUGCCCGCAUGGAUGACCUGGAUUCGGCUAUAUUCUAUUCCAGUUGGAAUCAAUGUAUUGCUGAAGCUAUCAGGAGAUUUCCGGCCAUCGACCUCUAUCACAUCAAUGAUUACCAUGGCGCUGCUGCCCCCUCUAUCUUCUACCUCGCACAAUUCCAUGCUAACCGAGAGGUUUGCAGUGUAUAUAACCUUGACCAUACGUUGGUGAAGAAGUAUGUACAAUUCGGCGAGGUGUUUAACCUUCUUCAUGGAGCUGCCAACUAUCUGAAGAUCCACCAAAACGGAUUUGGCGCUGUUGGUGUCUCCAAGAAAUAUGGCAAGAGAUCGUACGCCAGAUAUCCUAUUUUCUGGGGUCUUAAGAACAUUGGAGCCCUGCCAAAUCCCGAUCCAUCUGACAUCGCGGAGUGGGAUCACAACGCAAACAACAAUCUCGAGGACGUUAUCAUCGAUGCAGAGUUUGAAGCUAGUCGUGCAUCACUCAAGAGACAAGCGCAAGAAUGGGCGGGGCUAGAAGUUGACCCAGAAGCCCAGCUAUUUGUAUUCGUCGGUCGUUGGUCCAUGCAAAAGGGCGUUGAUCUGAUUGCAGACAUCUUUCCCUCCAUUUUAGACGCUCACCCAAAGGUCCAGUUGAUGUGCAUUGGUCCAGUCAUUGAUCUCUAUGGAAGAUUUGCCGCGUUGAAACUGAAUCGACUCAUAGAGCUCUAUCCGGGGCGGGUCUAUUCUAAACCGGAGUUCACUGCACUGCCGCCCUUCAUUUUCAGCGGCGCUGAAUUCGCCUUGAUUCCUUCGCGUGAUGAACCAUUUGGUCUGGUGGCCGUGGAAUUCGGACGGAAAGGAGCGUUGGGCGUGGGAUCACGUGUUGGUGGUCUUGGGCAGAUGCCAGGAUGGUGGUACACAAUUGAGUCUAUGACUACCAAACAUCUCAUCCAACAGUUCAAAACGGCCAUCACCGACGCCCUAAAAUCGUCACAAGAGACACGAGCGCUCAUGCGUGCACGAUCCGGGAAGCAGCGCUUCCCCGUAGCCCAAUGGGUUGAGGAUCUGGAAAUCCUACAAACCACUUCAAUCGAAAAGCACGCCAAGUACUCUAAACGCAAUGAUCGCAGUUCAUGGAGGAUUUCCCGGGGCAGCACCCUUGUCCCAGAAAGUGUUCGCAAAGUCUCGUCGAGCUCGAACAACAGCCGCGAACAUAGCCGAUCACGCAGCUCCACCGUGUCUGUCUCGCCAAGCAGGCCGAUCACGGCUGAAAUGAGACUGUCUGGACCUCGACCAGGCCUUGAACACUUCCUUUCGCCGACAAAUUUGUCUUCUAAUCUCAACACGUCCGACAACGAGUUCGACUCUGACACAGACCCAAGACGAAGACCCUAUUCCACCAGUCCUCUCGCAGAUUCGCGGAUUGUUUACUCUUCGGUAAGCGACGGAGAAGAUCUUGAGCCCAUUCCUGGGGCCGUCCAAGAGGACGGCAGUGUUCGUCCAUCGCCACUUGGGACACCUAAUUUUUAUUUUGCUCGAUCCGGUGCCAGCACACCAGUUCACGGUGGGGGACCAGAAGACGGUCUGCUGGGCCGAAGAGAUGCAAGGGAGUCCAUGAUGAGUCUGGUCAGUGUCGAUGGUAUCGUGAAGGAGAAACAACAUUACAACCUCCAGAAAGUUGAUCCAUUUUUCACGGAUGCGAACAACGAGUACGCGGAUAAAUUUGUGAAGAAGCUUGCGGAUCUGAAUGGCAAAAACUCCGAAGACAAGCUCUGCAUCGAGGAGUUUCUCGAGAAGAGUGAAAAGGACUGGUUCAAUCGUUACCGCGAAGUCAAACUGGGCAAGUCCCCUUUGCCGUCGCCUGCUGCUUCUGUCUUUCGCUUCAAGGUUCAUGAAACUGGUCGAUCAGAGACCCCACCAAUCCCUGGUCCAGUCGCAGACUUAAAUGCCAGGCAAUUCCUUCUCCCAAAUGACUAUGUUCCCCCCACGGGGUUGAAGCGUUUCAUGUUGAUGAAGCUCGGUGAUUGGCCUGUGUACUCCAUCUUCCUCGCUAUUGGCCAAGUUAUUGCCUUGAACUCGUACCAGAUCACACUCCUGAACGGUGAAAUUGGAGAGACGGCCGAAAAGCUAUACGUCCUAGCAUCCAUUUAUCUUGCAUCUUCGAUCAUAUGGUGGAUGGUCUUCCGUCUAGUCCCCUCAGUUUAUGUGUUGACAAUUCCGUUCUUUAUGUACGGGUUUGCCUUUCUGUUUGUCGGCCUUGCCGGUUCCAUCCACAACAGCACAAGUCAAACAUGGCUACAAAACGUGGGAACCGGCUUGUAUUCGUUUGCAUCUUCGAGUGGUUCAAUUUUCUUCGCUCUCAAUUUUGGAGAUGAAGGUGGAUCGCCUUUGAGGACUUGGGUUUUUAGAGCCACCGUCAUUCAGGGCACACAGCAGUUGUUCAUCAGCUUCCUUUGGUACUGGGGUAGCUGGAUGGCAAAUCUCAAUCAAAAGGGUACCACGCAAUUCAGCCUUGCCGUGACCAAUCCGGGUGCUUUGCUCGGGAUCGGAGUCGGACUUGCCUGUCUUCUGUGGCUGUUGGGAGCCCUGGUGUUCUUUGGACUGCCUGCAUAUUACAGACAAGCACCAGGUCAAGUGCCAACAUUCUACCUAUCGCUCUUUCGCCGUCGCAUUAUUCUUUGGUUUUUCUACAUGGCGUUCAUAUCAAACUACUGGCUAUCGGCUCCUUAUGGACGAAACUGGCUCUACCUCUGGUCCAGCAAGCAUGCACACGUGUGGCAAAUCGUGCUCCUUGUCCUCUUCUUUUUCAUUGUUGUCUGGGCAGCAGCUCUCUGGGUCUUUCAUGUCUUCUCCAAGAGGCACGCCUGGUUCAUCCCGAUCUUUGCCAUCGGUCUUGGUGCUCCUCGAUGGGCCCAAAUGCUGUGGGCCACUUCCAACAUAGCCACGUACAUCCCAUGGGCCGGUGGUCCCAUAGCUGGAGCUAUCCUCGGCAGAGCACUCUGGCUCUGGCUAGGAGUUCUGGAUUCCCUUCAAGGUGUUGGGUUUGGAAUGAUCCUGCUCCACACAAUGACUCGGUUUCACAUCACCUUCACACUUCUAGCCACGCAGGUAGUCGGUUCCAUUGCGACAAUCCUCGCCCGCGCGACAGCACCGGAUAAGUUAGGCCCUGGUGAUGUAUUCCCUGAUUUCUCUGCUGGUGUCGCAGUGGGCUUGGGAAAGGCAGAUUUCUGGGUCUGUCUGCUCUUCAUGCUAUCCAUCAACGUGCUCUGCAUAUUCUUCUAUCGCAAGGAACAACUCGCGAAACCUUGA